AUGGGCUUCUUUGACUUUCUCCCCUGCUGCGGUCCUCGCCCAGGCAAAUCCUCUUCUCCUCUUUCCCGCGAAACGACAACUCUCCUACCUCCCUCGGGCCCCGGGAGGGAAGGGUCAUUUUUGACUGCUUCCGACCCUGGUCUUUCCCUCACUUUGACUCUCAGCGGCGGUGCAGCAAGCGGAGGUGGAGGCGGAGUGUACGGAGCGACAGGGGGCGAGCGGUUGACUGAGGAGCAGUUGAAAAAGAUCCAAGCUAUCCGCGAAAGUACCCAAGGGUAUAUGCUGCCAGUUCAAUCCAUGCCCCCGCGCUCGCAUCUGAUCAUGUCCCGAACCUCCACCGCCCACAACCACCCUUCAUCACUAUCAUCAUCUUCCCCUUCUCCUUCCCCAUCAUCCUCCCGACCGUCAUCACGCCCUUCUUCUCCAGCAGCGCUCUCGAGCCAAACGGUGCGGUCACCAGAGGCGUCGCCAUAUCAGCCUACCGGGUCUCUUCCUGGAUCUCCAGAAGGAGGAGAGGGCGAGAAAGGGGACGAUGUGGUUCGGAAACAGCUGUUUAUGGGUAAUACGCCUAUGGGGAGGGGAGGGCGGAAACCUGGUGGGGGUGCGAAAGCGAAAGCGAAGAAGGGGAAGGGGAAAAAUUAG